AUUCAAAAUGGAGUAGAGCUUAGAGCACUGAUACCAGCUGAGUCCGGUUCUGCAGCUUUAUUCUCCUCUUUUCAUCUUUUUUUUACAACAACAUUUUGUUGCUCGUUACAAAAAGUAGUAAUUCCUGAAAAAUGACAGAGGAAAAGAAGUCAGGCUCCUUGGGUUUCUUUUCGAGCUACGACGAUUUGAGCGACAGCAGCGAUGGCAGCGACUCAGACGAGGAGGGCGAAAGUCGAAAGAAGAGACCGGGGACUGAUGCUCCGGGAAGCGGAGCUCAGUCCUCCCAACAAGGGACCAAACGAGCAGCCGGUGGAGCUCCUCUACCCAAACCUGACGAGCUGUUCGGCUCCGUGUCCAAGCCCGCUUUUCUCUACAAUCCGCUGAAUAAGCAGAUAGACUGGGAGAGCCUCACGGUCAAAGCUCCUGAAGAGCCUGCCAGAGAGUUCAAGCCAUGGAAGACAAACGCUGUUCCCCCUCCUGAGAGCUACACCGCAGAGCCAGAGAAGAAGAAGGGACCUCCCCCAGGCAUGGACAUGGCUAUAAAGUGGUCCAAUGUGUAUGAAGACAAUGGGGAAGAUGCACCUCAGCCUUACACUGGCAACGCCCUGUUCUUACCUGCAGAGGAGCAACCUUCUGACGCAGAUGAGGAUUCAGAGCAGGCAGACUUGUCUGCCAAAAAACGUCGAGUGGAGACCUUCCAGCAGAAGGAGAAGAGGAAGAGGGACAUGGGACAAGCUACCUCUGACAAGAAUUUUGUGGAGGAGGAGAAAAGAAUCCUCAGGCAAAAGAUUGAGUGAGACCUAAACUUCCUGCAACAAGGAAUCUGUUUCUAAUUUAAACAUUUUAUGUCAGCCAAGAACAUUCACAGAUAUUAGCACAAUGAUUAAGUAGGUAGAAUGCUGUAAACGUAAACAGGCAUUUUAUCUGUACGUUGACAUAAUUUGCAAUAUUAUAAUAUUUGUUUUGUUUUCAAAGGACUGUCGUCACACUUAAAAAGUAAAUAGCGGUCCCACUGCAAAAUCUUCAACAUGAGAACUUAGAUUUCAGUAAAUCCCUGCACACUAUUUUCCAAAGUUAUAGGAAAAUUCAGGUGUUUUAAAGUCUGGGUGGUAUGAUCAUAGUUUUCGCCAUCAUCCUCACCAGCUCUCUUCCAAGGGCACAGGGAUGAGGGAUAUCACUCGACACAGCUUUACAACAUGUACUGGGCAUUACUAAACAAGUGAUGACAGGUUUGGUUUGGCAUCAUCUUCACUUUUCUUCCAAACAUGCAGUUUAGGCAACAAGGUGAAAUGAGACUUGUUUAAACCUGCCUGUUUGCUCUUGUUUGAGUCCCCUGUGUCCCUGGGUCUUUGCAAAGAUGUUGGCAAAUAAGAUGUUACCAUAAUCAAUAGGGACGAAGACCAAAACUCCAAAAAUUAUUUAACUUUAAAUGAGUGACAAGUUGAACAUAAAGUGUGGUUAGUUGGCUUUGCCUCCUGUUAGAUUUAAUUUAAUGAGCUAAAAUAACAGUAGCGUCUGGCUGUGGUGGGCUACUAGGUCUGUGUUUGUCUUGUAUUAUAUGAAAUAUGUAAUCACCAGUGAAAUAUAACUGUUUGUAUUGUGUUAAUAUGGUGAUUUUCCUUUAUAUAAUGUGAUUUAAAUGGCUGUAACUCUGUUGAAAUUACAUUUUUAAAAAGUUACUUGUUCUUCCUCCUUAGGGGCACUAGAUGUCGCCAUUUAGCUACACUAGGAAACACUCCCUUCGUGUUUGUAGUGAUUGUCUGCUGCACCUUCUAUAAACACUGGGCACCCAAAUUACAACCAGGGUCUCUUUAUAUACUGUUUGUCAGGAAGGAGUUCUGAUCUUCGAUUUAGAAGUUUGUCUCAUCUCAGUUCUCUUGAGAUACUUGAUGCAUACAGACUGUUUAUUCAGUCUUGUGUACCUUGUAUACGCACCACUUUACAUCUGUGUGAAAUGAAACUUCUUGCAUGUUUAGCAGUGUAUCAGAAUGUGUUUCGAACAGUACUGUUUUAUAGGCCUUUUGUUUUUGCCAGCAAAUCUGCUCAUUCGGUGUAAACAGAUGAUUUUGUAGCUGUUUUUAGUGUUACACUAUUCAUCAUAAACCACUUCACCACCACAAUAAAAGGUAUUUUACUGGA